CACCUCUCUCUUCUGCGUCUUCCCUCACCCAACUUGUUUUGUCUGCUGCCACUCAGUGCUGGAGAGAGGCAGCCUGAAAGAGGCUGACGACCUCCAGCACGGCGCAUUUUUUCAUCCCGUCUUGUCACUCGAGAGCUGGGACUACCAGAUUGCAUCGCAUAGAGGGGUAGUAGUGCUUUGGCGCAUGGCAAGUUGCACCCAAAGCACUUUUACGCACGGCUCUCAGCGCGGAGGAUGUGAGCGUGGAGGGGAAAGAAAAACAAAGUGAGGCAAGAUGCGCGGCGCUGAGCUGCUGCUCGCUUACGUCCUGGCCGAAGUGAGCGUGCGGCACGUGGAAGGCCAGGUGGAGCGCGCGGCGGACGAGUUGGUGCUGGUGAGCGGAUACAACGAGUCGGCGGAGUCCACGACGAACGGCGUGACGGAGAGCCCGCCCACGGAGGACAAAUGUCGCGGCUACUACGACGUGAUGGGCCAAUGGGACCCGCCGUUUGUGUGUCAGACGGGCAACUACCUGUACUGUUGCGGCACGUGCGGCUUCAGGUUCUGCUGCGCCUUCCGCAGCUCCCGACUGGACCAGACCACCUGUAAGAACUACGACACGCCGCCGUGGAUGAUGACAGGCAGGCCGCCGUCCAAAGUGGACGUGGCGCAGGACUCAACCAAGGACAAGACCAACAUGAUCGUGUAUGUCGUCUGCGGGCUGGUGGCCAUCGUGGCGCUGAUUGGCAUCUUCACCAAGCUCGGGCUGGAGAAGACACAGCGACCGAACCAAGAAAACAGAACUUUGGCACAUGUGACCCGUCAUCCCGCCUCUGAACAUACAGACGAGAUGACCCUGGGGCUGCACUAUGAGAACAUGCAGACAAGAGUUGCAAUAAACAGUCUCCACAGCCCCCAGAUGAACAACACGACGACGCCUGCGUCGCCUCUGCUAACUGAGCCCUACGCACUGCUGGAGCAGAUCAGCAGCCCUUAUGUACCGCAGACGUCAAUCAAGGACCUCAACAAGUAUGCCACCCUCAAGGCUGUUGCAGAAAAAGCGAACGACAGCUUCUACAUCAACCGCCGCCAAGUGCUGAGCGGAAUAACAGCGAAGGGCGGCCUUCCAAUGGAACACGUGGAAACUGAGCCGGAACCCAGAAACCCCUACAGCCCGCCCAGACAGAUGUCGAGCAACCAUAGCGGACGCAAACACAAAUACCCGAGAAGCUACAGCAGCUCCCAGUCGUUGUCCUUCGGUUCUUUCUCCAGCCCGGCCACGCCGAGACCUUGGGAGAGCAACGACACGCUGGGGCUGAAGCGGUGCUACGGCCCGACUAAACUUUGCAUCACCGGGAGGGAACUUCAGAACGUUCGCUUCUUGCCGCCGCAGCCCUAUUUGGUCACCAACAGCAAGACGGAGGUGACAGUAUGAAGAACAGCGAGUGCUUGUGUAAAAUAUGACUGGACUGUUCGACAUAAAAUCAUUUGACACAAAUGAGUGUUAACGAACAAUAAUACCAAAAUCACAAAUCCUAAUUAAAUCAUACACACUGAAACUCUGCGCACCAUUUUACUUAUUUAUCUUAUUCCUGCCAAAAUAAACUGGGUCACCCUCAAGCCACCACUAAAAUGUAACGUUUCAUAAAUUCCCAAAAAUAAAUAAAAAUGGCUCAGACUGUUAUGUUUAUUACAUCAUAAGCACAUAUACAGUAUCUAAAAGGCACACUUGGUUUUUUUUUGUACUCAACUUGUGAAAUUAACACUUAAUUAAAUGUGUUUGCCUCUUUCAA